CCUCCAACCUACAUGAGCCCAGAGCAGGCGGAAGAGAUGCUUCACUAACAUACCAGACGAGACCUACUCUGUGACAAAAGGUACCUAAGGAGUUUAAAGACAUGAGGGGAUUUUUUCAAGUGUUAAGAAAGAAAAAAGAGCUGAUCCCACUGAUCAGUUUCAUGGCGUUUGCUGCAACAGGAGCCACUACGGCUUCCAUCUACUUUCUUCUCACCAAAUCUGACGUCAUUUUAAAUAAGACCUCCAAUCCAGAACCAUGGGAGAGAGUGGAUCCAACCAAGCCCCAAAAGCUUUUCACUAUCAAUCAGCAGUGGAAGCCAGUGGAGGAACUGGAGUUGGUGAAGCGUCUCACCAAAUAAAAAGUUGCCUGCCAACUUUUCACUCAUCAGUCCAACAGAAUCCUUUCUGCACAAACUAGGAUGCUUUGACACUUAGUGUGCGGAAACGCUUCUGCUACACUGGUGUUUUUUUGUCUGCUUAGUAGUUGGUAGUUGCACACCACGAGAGCAUCAAUCCACCUGCAGAAAUGUCUGCACACAGUAAAUAUGAAUGUUCGAUCAUAUCCAUAUAAUGUAUUAAUGAACUAUUUAUAAUCAAUGAAAUGUUGACUGCCUUCGUUCUUCCUCAUUAAAAUCCAGGGAUCAAACACACAUUGCACUGUCCACAAGGAUAUGCAUACAGGACUGUGGUGCAAAAAAAAAUGUAUAGGGCAGUGGUCCCCAAAGUUUUUGACUCAGCGGCCGCAUUGGGUUAAAAAAAAUUAUUAUAUAUAUAUAUAAUAUAAUUACCCAUUACCUCCCUGCUUGGCGCACAUCCUCUCACCACACCUAGUGUGUGUGACAAUCAUUGGUAAAAAGUAAAAGUAACAAAUAUAUAUAUAUAUAUAUUCCAAGCGUGUUGAUGUCACAUAUCGAGGGGAAAAUGCAUUUUUAGACAAUAUGAUUUGCCUGAGCGGCUAGGAGACACUGAAAGUAACAAGCGGUAGAAAAUGGAUUAGAAAGGACAGAUUUUAAAAAAUAAUAUUUAAUAAGUUGUUGUUUUUUAAACACCCCGCGUGCCGGAUUUUGGAUGCUGGCACGCGGGCCGUUGUUUGGAGACCCCUGAUAUAGGUAAAAAAUAUAUAGUUAAUUUCAAAAUUGCAACUUGAAAAACUAAUGGAAGUUAGAAAAAUUGUGUUUGGAUUUAACAUGUACUAUUACUGAGGUAAUUUGUUUGCUAAUAUUUUCUUCUAAUAGAACAAAAAAUAUUUAGAUUCCAGUUUCUUUGUAUCCUGAUUUUCUUUGUGACUAAUGUGCUCCACCUGUGUAAAAUCGCAUCAUUGUGCUGAUGCCUUGUAAGUAGUGAUUGUCACCAAAUUGAGUACUUUUAUAGGUACGAACCGAAUUCCGCUGGUACUAUUAGGUACUGAUUCAGGUCAAAUCAAACGGUACCAUAUUUCGAUACUUUUGUUGCCCAGGCACCGGCUCAAGCAUUUGGCAGGGAAACAAACACUUAAAUACUGAGAGCGGACACAGCUGGACUGUCUUUCGGUAAUUUUCCAUGCCAACAAGGCUACACUUGAAAUUAAAUUAAGACUGUACUUUUUAAAUAUGCACUAGCUUGAUGCUAAUUAUAAUUUAAUAUGAUAAUAAUUGGAUAUGCCAUAUACAUGUUAUCGAUUAGCAUUAACGAUUUCAAUACCUUCAAAUUUGGUAAUUGCAACUACAACUAAGACACAUUCCAAUCAAAUAGCUCAUGUGUAAUAAUUGCAAUACUUACAGUAUAAACUCUUUGUAGGACUCGACCAAAAAAUAGACUGUCACAUUCAAUCUAAUAGCAAAGACUACUGCCUGACUAAGGCAGCACUAGGUCGCCUAUACACUACUGCCAUCUAAUGUCUUGGAAUUGUAACUGUUUGCAAAGUUUGCUAAAUAAUACUUGCAAAUAAAACUCGGCAAUGUAAGAACGCAAAAUAUAUCAUCACAGUUAUCACAAUAAACUCACUGUUAAAUGUUAAAAAUAUAUUGUUUUUUUUAUUUGAAAAAGGUAAAUGUAUGAACACACACAAAAGUACUGAAAAUUGGUAGCGUACAGUAUGGAUUCAAAUGUGAAAGGUACCAUCCCUAGCAGUGAGUUAUCAUUAGUUUGUGUGGCUUCAUCGCCACUAAAAUACACUUAUUGUUUCAUUCUAAGAGCCCUGUUCUGUAAGUUGUAGUUCUUAACUUCUGUGAAAUAAUCAGCAAAAAAUUAGUUAAACUUUUGUAAUGGCAUCAAAACUCUUGCAAUGCGCUAUCGCUCAAAAUGUUUCUUUGGCCUGCCAUUUGGCUUCUUAUAUCCGAUAACCUUCAGGACCUUUUAAGAAACUGUCUUACUGCGUUCGAUCAUUCCAGCAAUGACACGUUGCAAGAGGCCUCGGUUGUGCAGUUGCACGGUCGAACUACAAUCAUCAAUCAGGAGAUCGUGACAGCGUGAACACCUAGCAAAUAAAGACAGAUUUUAGCAAAUAUUUAGACCAGUGAUUCUCAAAACUGCGGUACUGGUACGCCAAAGAAGUCUGUAAAUAUGUACUGUAUGUGGAGUGUCUUUGUAGAUAUUUGUGCACUGUGGAUAAAGUUACAGUGUCCAAAAUAUUAAAUAAAUUGUUAAAUAAAA